AUCAUAGUACCAACAUAUCUACUAAUCAUCGUAGAAGCUUAACCUUAUUAAUUCUAUCAAAAAUUCUUACGAAUACUGUAAAACAAUAGUCAAAAUAAUGUUCAAAUGUUUUAAUACAGUCAGUGGGUCUAUAAAGACUUUGCAGAAAAAUAGUUCAUGUGCAUUUAGUUUUCAAAGUUUAAAAAAACUUUGUCAAAUAUAUUUGACCGAAACACCUGAAAGUGCAAAACCUCCUUAUAAUUUUAUUUGUCAAGUUGGUAAUCCUGUUUUAAGACAGAAAGCAUCAUUUAUAGAUGAAAAGAUAAUACAAACGCAAGAAUUUCAAAAAAUACUUGAUCAUUUAUAUGAAUUAUUGAAGAAAAAUGAUACAGUAGGAUUAGCAGCACCACAAAUUGGCUUACCUUGGCAAUUAUUUGUUGUUGAAAUGACGGAAGAAUCUAUAGAACAUAUUCAUCCAUAUAUACGAAAAUGUUAUGGUAUCACACCUCAUCCAUUAACAUAUUUUAUUAAUCCAAAAAUGAAUAUAAUAAAUUCUGAAGAAGUUGUACAUUUUGAAACAUGCGCGAGUAUUGAUUGUUAUUAUGCGGAAGUACCAAGACCAAAAGAAGUUCAAAUCGAAGCUCUUAAUAAAUUUGGAGAAUCAUUUUCUAUGAAAGCAGAAGGUUGGUUAGCUAGAAUUAUUCAUCAUGAAAUGGAUCAUUUAAAAGGUCAUUUAUAUACUGAUAGAAUGUUUCCAUUUUCAUUUAAUUAUGGUAAGUGGGAAAAAAUAGAUAAAUGUGAGAAAGAUAUUGUUAAUUGAUUAAAUAUUUCAUAGGAUAAUUUUGUAAAAUUGCUUAUAUUAAUUUAUGUUAAUACAAUGAAAAUAUAUAUACUUUUUUAGUUUUUUUAUUUUGUGGAAAAAUCUAGUUGCAUUUCCCCAAAAAUAUGUUAGUUAUUUAUAUCUAUUAAUAAAUCAAUUAAUUUUAUAAAUAAGUAUAAGCCAUUUUAACAUAUUUAUAUUAUAUAAUAAUUAAUAUAAAAGUUAAAGUAUAGAAGUAAAUUAAAAUAUAAUAAAAAUAUGUGAGUUGUAAAAAUUAUAAAUAAAUAUAAAAUUUUAUUUGAAAGAUAUUUUGCUUUUUAUAGAAAUAUCUAUAAGCAAAAAUAAUAAUAUAUGUAAAAUUUUAAUCAGUGACUUAAUUAAUACAGGAUAGAAAUGUAUAUCUAUAUAUCUAUACAUACAGGAUAUGUCAUUUAUAUUUCAGCAUCUAAAUCAAUGUAUUUUUUAUAAAAUAAAUACAAAUCACAUUAAUUAUUUCUUUUAAUAUCGUA